AUGGAAACUAUCAAGAACGCCGCCAAUGCUGUUGGAGACAAAAUCAAUGAAGUAAUCAGCGGAUCAUCAGCUGAAGCCAACAAGGAAAAAGCUAAAGACUCAAGCAACACCGCUGGUGAACGCGUUGGUGCCGGUAUCGACUAUGUUAAAGACAAAUGCGAGGAAGCUGGUCAUGCUGCUUCGAAAGAAGUCAACAAGCAAAAGGCCAUUCACUAA